AUGAGCGACCUGCAAAAGGCCUUUGUGAAAGCCAAACUCGCCAAAUACCCGCCCGAUAUUCCCAUCUUUGACGAAACGGAAGAGGAUGCGACGCAUAGGAAUGGUGCAAUCUUAGAAGAGGAAGGGGACGAGUUUGACUCGUCGUCGACGUCUUCCGCGUCUUCGGCGGGGACUGUUGUGCCGUCGCCUUCGAGGAACUUAUUUGCGAAGCCGAAUUCUAUGCUAAGACAGCGCACCAACUCGACAGAGUCAUUGACAUGGAGAGACUUUUUUUCGCGCGAACUAUUUAUUGAAAGAGAUACAGAUGAUUUACAUAUUGUCUAUCAUGCAUAUAUUACGCCACCUACUGAUUCAGGGCCUUUGUUUGUGAUGCAUCACGGGGCAGGUUCUUCCGGAUUAUCAUUUGCUGCCUGCGCAUCAGAAAUCCGCAAGAUUCUUCCCGAGGCCGGGAUUUUAUCUCUAGACGCUCGUCAUCAUGGUAGUACUACACUCGAAACGAAGGAUGGCAACCCGGCACAACUGGACUAUCGUCUCGAAACUUUGAGUCAGGAUCUUCUCGCUGUUAUUCGAGGGACACAGACACAGAUGGUCUGGGAGACAUUACCAGAUUUGGUGCUCGUUGGCCACAGUCUAGGUGGAGCUGUUAUUACUGAUGUUGCCAGAGGCGGAGAACUUGGGGCGAGGGUCCUUGCGUAUGCAGUUUUGGAUGUUGUUGAAGGUUCCGCGAUGGAUGCCUUGCAGAGUAUGGAUACUUAUCUAUCGACUCGACCUACGAGCUUCCCUUCCCUAUCGUCGGCUAUUGAGUGGCAUUUCCGCUCUCGAACAAUACGCAACACCACCUCCGCCCGAGUCUCCGUUCCAUCAUUACUGAGAGAAGAAGAAACUCCCUCCGACACAUCCCGCCCCUGGGUCUGGCGUACAAAUCUAGCAGACACGAAACCCUUCUGGGAAGACUGGUUCAAGGGCCUCAGCAAGAAAUUUCUCGAAGCCAAAGGUGGCAAAUUAUUGCUACUAGCAGGUACGGACCGACUCGAUAAAGAGCUCAUGAUUGCGCAAAUGCAGGGCAAAUACUCGUUGCAGGUCCUGCCUCUGGCGGGCCAUUUUCUUCAAGAAGAUCAGCCGGCCAAGACGGCGAGAUUUUUGGUUGAUUUUUUCAAGAGGAAUGAUAGGACGCCGUUGGUGUUGCCGCCCAAGGUGGGAGAUAUUAUGGCAUCGAGGGCGAUGGAGAAGGGCGUUGUUAAAAAAUAG